AUCAUUUGCAAGCAAGGACACAAAGGAAGCUGUCAUUGAUGUUGAAGAUACUUCAAAGACCUGUUGAUUCUGUGGUCUUAGGGCCAUUGUGACUCAAGCUGUAGCUAAAAUCAGUCCAAUGCAACAGGAGUUUCAAGAACAGCAACAGAAAAAUGAUGACUUAACUGAAUGGAGCAAGAAGGCACAUACUUCCAAGAAGACCUCUCUAUCCUUAAGAGUAGAAAUUUCUCUUCAAGAUGACAAGUGAUUCAAACCCUUCAGGAUCUUACUUGCCCUCAAAAACAAGAUGUUCCAAAAUAGAUGACAACUACUUGAAGGAAUUGAAUGAGGACUUAAAGCUAAGGAAGCAGGAACUGCUAGAGAUGCUAAAACCUCUUGAAGAUAAGAACAAUCUCUUAUUCCAGAAGUUGAUGUCUAACUUAGAGGAAAAACAAAGAAGUUUGCAGAUCAUGAGGCAGAUCAUGGCAGGGAAGGGGAAUGAAGAAUCCUCAGUCAUGGAGCUCAUUAAGGAAGCAGAAGAGAUGAAGCAGAAUCUGGAAAGGAAAAACAAGAUGCUUCGGAAGGAAAUGGAGAUGCUAUGGAACAAGACAUUCGACACAGAAGAACUUGGUGGUUAACAAAAAGCCCUGCAGAUAAAAAACAAAGCAGACUUGCAGGACAGGAAGGUUCCCAAAACCCCCUCAUCACCUAGGAAGACCAAAAAUGAACUGGAGACAUCAUGUGCAGAGAAAGUGAAGGAGAAAAGGAAGGAAAAGCAACAGAGGAAAAUGGAGUGGGUCAGGUCCAAGGAACAAGCCAACAUCCUUCAGAAUGACUUUAAUGGUAAAGUGAUUGAGCUGAGAAUUGAAGUCUUGAAGAACUACGAGAAGGCCAAUGACCUGAAAUUAUCCCUAUACUUACAGCAGAAUUUGGAACCAAAGCAAGCAUAUUUUAAUCUUCCUGGGUCCCGAGGUACUAUAAGUACUACAACUACAGGCAGAACAACUACCAGCAAAAAUGAAUCUAAUGAAAGAAUUCUUGAAUCAAAGACCUACACAGAACAACAAGGAACUAAAGGAAGUCACUUUGAUGAUGUAGGAGGGAAGCUCUUGUUUCUGAGGUCACUGCCAGAUGAAGCUCUGAAGGAUUAGAAGGCUUUUACUCCAUUUGCUUUGGACAGAUUUAAAGUCUAGGCACAGCCAUUUGUGUUAAUUAAAAUCUC